GCUUGGAGUGUGCGGACGUUGUUUGGAGAGCUCCCGUUUUCGAAGCCUUUUACCGCGUAAAGAAGGCUUUUUGAACGGUUUUCUCUCUCACUAAAUAAGUGUACUCGCAUCAACAACACAUCAGAGCCACAGUGGGGUCUUUGAUGAAAGAGAAGAGGACAUUUUUUACAGUCUACAGUGGAAUCCUUCUGACGCCGGACCAAGUGGGGGAGGGCGCCAUCUUCGAAACUACCCAAGCCAACCCUCCGUAUCCACCAAGCUACCAUACCAAAGUUCAUUUUCCUCUGCCGAACAGGACGGACUGGCCACAGAAUCCUCGGAGCUACAGUAGGACCUGACCACAGUAAGGCUUGCCUAUUUUAGUCAGCAAUAGCUACAUAUUUGUGGAAGCUGAGUCAAAAUGGGGAGGGCGCCAUUUUGAAAUUACCAUAACAACAAACCCAAGCCAACCCAGGCCAAGCAGGCGCCAUCUUGGUUUUCCUUGGUCUGGUAUGUAUACAAGAGCUCAGAAAAAGAAACAAGAAAACGAAGGAAAGCAAAGCAUAGACCCUAUAGAUCUUGACCUUGCAAACAGUGACCAAGAAAAACAGAACAUUCAGGGAAAGCCAGGAGACCACAGGACACUCAGAGAUAGGAGUAAGAAGCAAUCAGAUAGCCAAGAUCAGACUGCUGAAAAACGCAAACCAACUCAAAGAAGCAACACACUGCCACGCAAACCAACAACAUCAACUAAGAAAGUAGAAAAACUAGCACCAGUAGAAGAAGUUGAGGCUGACGAGGAAGACUGUGUAUGUGGAUGUGACCACCCAGAAGGAGGGCGUUGGAUCUGUUGCGACUCUUGUGACAAAUGGUGGCAUAACACAUGUGCCAAGUUAUCCUACAAGGUAUGUGACUUCCUCACAAAAAACAAAGAACCAUUCCACUGUGCACACUGUAUCACACAAGAACUGAAUGACAAGCCAUACCACCCUAUUGAUAUCCCACACAAAGAAGUGAAUACUCAAGGCACAGCUAAAGAUAGCCAUAUCCAAGAUCUCUCUAAUCACAUUGUGCUGAUUGAUGGGAUACCCCAACCUGAGCAGUACAAAAACAGCGGGAAGAUCAUUGCAGAGAUUGCCAGAAACAAACCACACUGUGCCCACAACAUCGACCUCGCAUACCUACUCCCUAGAGGGGGUAUAGCUGUUCACUGCAAAAACUCUAAAGCCACAGAAGACCUACUGCAACCCUGGCAAGACGGUGCCUUUAACGCCAAUAGCGAACAACUAUCAAGCCAUAAAGCAGACCAAUCAUACGGAAAAAGGGCAAUCCUCAAGAACAUUACUCCUGAAGCAACAGAAGAAGAAAUUGAACAAACCAUACUCAAACAAACUAGCAUCCAAGUCAAGGCACACAGAUACCGCUAUCAAGACACUGGCAAACCACUAAGGGUUGUAAGAGUUGAUGCUACACUUGGGCAACUUAACGAUCUCUUCCUACAAACCCUGACAAUAAGAGGGGAUACUAUAACAGUUGAAACCUACCGAAGCAAGAAGACCACCCCGAUCAGGUGCUACAAUUGCCACAAGCUUGGACACAUAGCCAGACUGUGCAAAGAGGAACCCAGCUGUGUCAGGUGCGGAGGGCACAAAGCACACCCCGAUCCUUGCAAACCGAAGUGUGUCAACUGCAGUGGCACACACUCUGCCAACGACCCAAGGUGUCGAGAAUUCCAGGCAAUCAAGCAGAGGCUGGAAGAACGACACCUCAGGCAUCAUCGGUAACCAAGGCAUGAAGAAAUACAUUAUCCAA